CCUAGGAUCCCUGGGCCAGACAAGUCCUGCUUCAAAGUCCAUUAGAGUUGGGGCCAUCUGCUCUCAAUGUUUGUGGUGCUCCUCUUUAACAGCUUACUCACUCCUUUCUCCCUAUUCAGCUUUCCUUGAUUUCAUGUUCUCCUCUUUUUUCAAGGGUUUAGUCUCUUGCUGCUCUCCUUGCUCCUGGACAAUGCUGUCAUCUGGGGGUUCUCAUGGCCCCGAGGGCAACCUCCCCAUGAUUUACUAGACUUGAGGAGUGAAUUCAAGAUCAGCCUGAGGCUUUCCAGAAAGUUGCUGUCAGAGAUCCGGAGUAUUGCCCAUCUUUUUGCAGAUACACACCUGGUUGGGGUGUCCUUGGACUUCCUACCCCUGAGGGAACAAUUUCCCAAUGUCACCAUGACACUCAAGACCUGGCUCCAACUUUCAGACCCAGAUCGACUUUGUUCCCUUUCUAGACUUCUGGACCACUUCCAGGUUCCUCUGAGAGAACUAAAGGGCCAUCAGGGUUGGAAGGGUUCCUUGAGGAAAAGGCUGUGGAUGGCUCAGCUGGACCUUCGGGACCUGCAGUCACAUCUCCAUUUCCAGAUAAAAGUUAAAGGAUACUGUGCUCUGGAGGAUAAGGAAACCCAAGAUCUGGAGAAGAGAGACUUAGAAAGAUUUUCUCUCCCUGUGCACCAAGUCUCUUGGCCACAACUCCUGAGUACUUACCAGCUACUCAGAUCUCUGGAGCUAGUCCUGGGCCGAGCCGUCCGGGAUUUCCUGCUGCUCUCAAAGGGAAUUGCUCACACACACAGUCCCUGACUACUCAAGAAGUACAGUUUUCAACCUAGGGGUGAUGACUCCCUACUACUUACAUCACCUUCCAGGAUUGUAUUCCUUUCUCCCUUAUAUUUGUUUUUCAACCUGAAGCUAAUUUCCCUGCCCUGAGCCAUUUGGGAGGGGGAGAUCCCAGACUUCAACCCAAGUAUCCUUCCUCUGCCAGUAAUAUCAUCUCAGGGGAGGAGAUGUGGCAUAUGCCCCUUUGGUUUUCUCCCUUCUCACCUUCUGAGCCCAUUCCCAUCCCAUAAUUUAAGAGGCCUUCAAGUUCAGUGAAGAUAUUUAUUUGUUAGAUAUUUAUUUUUUCAGGAAAAUAGUGGUUGUAUUUAUUCUUUUUUGGAAAAAAAUUUGAGGAUGGUCUUCCUUCUGCUCCCUGGAGGAACCCAGAGAGUAAGAUCAGAUAUUUCUUGGGGGACCUAAUAAUAAACACCUACAACCCC